AUGGAAGCUGAAAAACUGUUCCUGCUUCUUUCUCUUUUAAUGCUCCAAUUCUCAUCUUGUACAUCCCAAGACUCCUUAAAGACCAACCAAACCAUUAAAGAAGGUGACCUUCUUAUCUCCGAAGGAAAUAUUUUCGCUCUAGGAUUUUUCAGUCCUGGCAGUUCUAGCAAUAGAUAUCUUGGAAUUUGGUACCAUAAAAUACCAGAACAUGCUGUGGUGUGGGUUACAAACAGGAACGAUCCAAUCAUUGGUUCCUCAGGAUUUCUCUUUAUAAACCAAUAUGGAAACCUCGUUCUCUAUGGUAACGAUGACCAAAAGCUUCCUGUGCGGUCUACAAAUGUUUCAGUGGAAGAAAAUGAUACUUGUGCAGCUCAGCUCUUGGAUUCAGGAAAUUUGAUAUUGGUCAGGAAAAGAAGCAGAAAAACUGAUCGGUUCAUAACAUCAUGGAGAUCAGCUGAAGACCCUGGGUUCGGGGACUUUUCAGUUAGGACCAACCCAAAUGGCUCGCCACAAUUCUUUCUCUAUAAUGGUAAAAACCCAAUUAGUAGAUCUCCCCCUUGGCCAUGGAGAAAUCAGAUGAGCUUAUACACAAGCACUUUUGUAAAUGAUCCAGACGAAAAGUACUCUUUCUACACAGUUCCUGAUGAUUCUUUUCUGGUAAGACUAAUAGUAGAUCAUUCAGGACUUGUAAAGGUGUUAACAUGGAGAGAAAGUGAUGGUCAGUGGAAGGAUUACUGGAAGACCCCUCAGUUUGAGUGCGACUAUUAUGGACAGUGUGGUGCUUAUAGCACGUGUGAACUUGCCACUUAUAAUACACUUGGAUGUGCCUGUUUACCUGGGUUCGAGCCCAAGUACCCAAUGGAAUGGUCUGGGAGAGAUGGGUCCGGUGGUUGUGUCAGGAAGCGGCUACAGACAUUUUCGGUAUGCGAUCAUGGAGAAGGGUUUGUGAAGGUGGAAAAUGUAAUUCUUCCGGACACUUCAGCUGCAGUUUGGGCGGACAUGAGCAAGAGUCGUGCAGACUGUGAACUGGAAUGCAAGAGGAAUUGUUCAUGCUCUGCAUACGCAGUCAUUGUGAUUCCCGGAAAAGGGGAUGGUUGUUUGAAUUGGUACAAGGAAUUAGUAGACAUUAGAUAUGAUAGGAGUAGUGAAAGUCAAUAUUUAUUACUAGUUUAA